AUGACUGACCCAUUUUUUCUAGACCCAGGAACUAAAGUGGAGAAAGAAGAAGUAAGGAAAGAAACUGGAGAGUCUUCCAAGGGGGAUUCCAGCAACACGGUUAAACAAGUGAAACCCUUUCCCUACCGAGGGGAAGUCAGAAAAAAGAAAGAUGAUCCAGUAGACUUUAUGGAAAUAUUCGGCAAGCUGGAAAUCAACUUGCCAUUCCCACAGGCUCUGAAGCUGCCUCUUUUCAGCAAGUUCAUCAAGGAAUUCAUCGUCAGGAAGACUAAAUCCAAUGACAAAAUAGUAAUCGGAGAAAGUGUUUCGGCAGUGAAUCAGAACCAGGGGAGUCCAUCAAAACGCACUGACCCAGCCGAUUUCCAUGUGAUUAGGAUGAGCAAACAUGAAUCUGCUGUGUCUAGCGGAGUGCUUUUAGGUAGACCAUUCUUACGCACCGCUAAGACCAUAAUAGAUGUUUUUGAUGGAACAAUUUAUUUGGAUUAUCAUGGGGAGAAAUUCACAUUUAACAUUAAUGAGACUAUGAAAAAACCUUUAGAUGUGGAGAAGCUUCAUGCUGUAGAUAUCAUUAACCCCAUGACUAGUUCACCGAAGAAGAAGUUGAAGACACUUCCACCAGGCCUGAAGUAUGCUUACCUAGAAGGGAAUGAGACGUUCCAUAUGAUCAUCAACAACAACCUAACCCAAGAGGAGGAGGGUAAAUUACUGGAAGUGCUCAGAAAGAAUAAGAAAGCCAUAGGGUGGACUCUAUCGGACCAGGUGGGAAUCAGUCCCGAUCUCUGCAUGCAUCAUAUUCACUUGGAAGAAGGCACAAAGGCCUACCAGGAUUCACCGCGGAAACUGAACCCAAACAUGACAGAAGAGGUCUUGAAGGAGGUGCUGAAGUUACUGUCUUUGGGAAUCAUCUACUCGAUUCCAGAUAGGGUUAGUCCGGUUCACAUGGUGCCGAAGAAAUCGGGUAUACAACUGGUGAAGAAUGAAAAGAAUGAGCUCAUACCCACGCGAUUAGUCACGGGGUGGAAAAUGUGUAUCGACUACCAGAAGUUAAAUACAGCCACUCGAAAAGACCAUUUCCCAUAG